GCCGAGCCGGAGAGGACGGAGCUCCCUCUGGGACCCUGGGCUCCGCGCCCUCUUCUGAGUUCAGCGGGGCUGUGAUGAGCCCUCCCAGGCCUGGGGCCUCCCCGCUCAGCCCAGCCUUCGCUCGCUGGGGCCUGGAUGCAGGAGGGGCCUUCGGCUUUCGGGGAAGGGAGUCCCGCGGGGCACAGCACCGCUUCCUCACCGUUCCUCCCGGCUCCCGAGCUGCGGGCUCGGCGGGGCUCGCAGGAUCCCCGGAGGCGUGGGGCGGGGGAGGUUCCCGCAGACCCGCGUCCUCUCCGCGUCCCGGGCUUUCGCGCAGCCUCCUCGUGCGGCCUCUGCGGGCGGGAACCCCGGCUCGGCCGCGCUGGGGGCUUUGAGAGCCGUUUGGGUCCUUCUGUGGGGGCGGGGGCGCGGCAGGCGCGGCUGGAGGCGAGAACGCGCCCCCGUGAGCCUCUCCCCAUCCCAGGGCCGGCCGAGGACCGAGCGGCCAGAGCGAUCCAGGGCGCCUUCCGGCAGCUCCGGGCCAGGAGGGAGCUCGCCCGCCGCCGGGAGGAGCGCCGGGAGUACCUGGAGCAGAUGGAGAAGCUGCAGAGGGAGGCCCACCUGGCUCUGGUGCGCCGGGAGCGGGAGGCCGCGCGGCGGCUGCGCGAGCAGGAGGAGGCGGCGCAGCGGGAGCGGCGGGAGGAGCUGCAGCGUCGCCGCCGCCUGCUGGACGCCGCCUUCGACGGGGACGUGGGAGAGAUCCGGGCGGUGCUGAAGGAGGUGGAGCAGCUGCUGACCCGCGAGGGCGUGGGCCAUGACGAGGCGGGCAAGGCGCGGCGGCUGCAGCGACGCGUGGCUCUGGUGGAGUGCGAGGACGGCCACGGGAACACGCCGCUGUCGGAGGCGGCCGCGGGCGGGCAGCCCCUGGCCAUCCAGCUGCUGGCCGAGCUCGGCGCCAGCCCCAACAGCAAGGGCGCUUUCGGUCGGACGCCGCUGUACCGUGCAGCCUUUGGGGGCCACCUGGCAGCUGUGGAGGUGCUUCUGAAGCUCGGAGCAGACCCCCGGGUGUACGCAGAGGACGGGAGCACCCCUGAGCAGGUGGCCUCGCUGGACACAGUGGUGAGCGUGCUGCGCUCGUGGGACCUGAGCCUCACAGAGGCCAUGCUCCAGAACAUGGAGGCAGAGCAGCAGCGCCGGGCCCAGGAGGCCCAGAGGCACAAGGAGGCCGAGGCUGAGCGUAUGACCCUCAAGGUCCAACAGCUGGCCAGGGAGCAGCAGCAGUGUCACGAGGAGCUGCAACAGGCCUACUGUGAGCUGAGCCGGAGGAUCUCAGAGCACGACCAGUGUGAGUGGAGGUGCAUGGACAAGACCAAGCUCACGCUGCAGGCCAUCAAGGACGCAGAGGCCCAGGUGGACAGGCUGCGGCAGGAGGCCCAGAAGGCUGAGGAGGCGCUGGCUAUGGCCAGGCUGGAGCUGCGGGAGCAGACGCAGGCGGAGGAGGAAGAGGAGCCCGGGCUGAAGUGCCAGGUCACCGAGCUGCAUGACGUGCUGAUGAAAGAUGUAGGCAACCGCAUCCGUGCCGAUGGCCGGUCAGUGCUCCGGGUCAGACGUGGGCGAUUUGGGGUUUGGACAAACAGCAGUGACCUGAUGGGUGUCCCCAGGUGGCCUCUUGUCAUUGACCCUUCGGGCCAGGCGGCCACCUUCCUGCGCUACCAGGACACCAACUAUGUGGACACGGUGAACCCGGAACACCUGAGACCAGAGAGGAUGCGGCUGGCUCUGCUGGGGGCUCUGCGGUAUGGGAAGCCGCUGGUGUUCGACCUGCGAGAGGUAGACCUGUUCCCAGUCGUGCAGCGGCAGCUGGAGGCGGUGCAGCCUGGCCUGGCGCAGGCGCUGCUGAGCCGCGGCCUGCUGGAGCGGGAGAGGUACCUGUCGCUGCUGCGGCCCACGGACGGGCCCGAGUACAGCCCCACGCAGUUCCAGGAGCAGCGGCUGGAGCACUUCCGCCUCUUUUUCGUCACCAAGGUCCAGUGGCCGCCAGCUGAGCAGCUGCAGGUGCUGCUCCCGGUGCGUGUGCAGCUGCUGGGCACAGGCCUCUAGUGCUGGCCCCAAUCCCAAUAAAACGUGUGCCCCGGG